AUGCUCAAUUAAGAAAAGAAGAAAAAAAUUAUAUUUUUAAUUAAAAAUACUCUGGUAUAUAAAGAUUUCAUGAAGCCAACUUAUGAUUAUUCAAAUCCAGUGCUGAAUCUUCUUAGCUCUAGCUCAACUUAGAGUAGUCCAAUGACUAAAAGUGAAUUGAAUGAUUCAAUCGAAUAUUAUAUAGACUAGAAAGUCUAUCAGACUGAAUUAGAAAUAGUGAAGUAUCUGCAUGGUCUAGGAGUGCGAACAAAAACAGAUCCUUUGAUAAAAGAAUAACAAUAUUGGAAAGAAAGAAAACAAAAGAGUUAACUACUGCUUGAGACAAUUAUCAACUCCUAAGAGAGAGUGAUACUAAAUUCAAGUGUAGGUCGACUGAUGAGAAAGAAUGUAACAUAUAUUCCUAGGAAUUCAAACAAUCCCUAUUUUUUACUGGAUUAAUUAUGA